UGCUUUCUCUUGCCUCUGGAGUUGCAUCAUUCCUAGCCGGUCGCAAGCUGCAGCUGCUGGGCCUAGAAGCAGGAAGAGGAUGAUUCAGCAAGUCCCAGACAACAUCAACUUUCCAGAGGCAGAAGAGAAAAUAUUGCAGCUUUGGAACACACUUAAUUGCUUUCAAGAAUGUCUCAAGCAGUCAAAAAACAAACCUAGGUUUACCUUCUAUGAUGGUCCUCCAUUUGCCACAGGGCUUCCGCAUUAUGGCCACAUACUUGCAGGAACCAUUAAAGACAUAGUAACUAGAUUUGCUCAUCAAAGCGGGUUUCACGUUGACAGAAGAUUUGGUUGGGAUUGCCAUGGUUUGCCUGUGGAGUAUGAAAUUGACAAAGCACUAGGCAUCAAAGGACCAGAAGAUGUUGCAAAAAUGGGGAUUGCAGAAUAUAAUCGCAACUGUCGAGGAAUUGUGAUGAGAUAUUCUCAAGAAUGGAGGACCAGUGUUACAAGACUUGGGCGGUGGAUUGAUUUUGACAAUGAUUAUAAAACUCUUUAUCCAGAAUUCAUGGAGUCUGUCUGGUGGGUUUUCAAACAGCUAUAUGACAAAGGAUUGGUAUACCGAGGAGUUAAGGUUAUGCCGUUCUCAACUGCAUGUAAUACACCCCUUUCCAACUUUGAGUCUCACCAGAAUUAUAAGGAUGUUCAAGAUCCCUCAGUUAUUGUCACCUUUCCAUUGGAAGAUGAUGAAAGUAUCUCUCUUGUUGCUUGGACGACAACUCCAUGGACUUUGCCUAGCAACUUAGCCCUGUGUGUUAAUCCAGAUUUGCAGUAUGUGAAAGUGAAAGACCAAAAUACUGGGAAAAAAUUCAUAUUGAUGGAAGCUAGAUUGGCAUCUCUCUACAAAUCUGAAAGUGAAUAUGAAGUACUUGACAGGUUUCCUGGUGUUACACUAAAAGGAAAGAAAUACAAGCCUCUUUUCAAUUACUUUAUAAAGUGCAGAGAAAAUGGUGCUUUUUCUGUAGUGACUGACAACUAUGUGAAGGAAGAAGAAGGUACAGGAGUUGUACAUCAAGCUCCUUACUUUGGUGCU